AUUUGAUUCAAAUCACCGCAAAGGAUGUCCUCAUUUUUCUUAACUGCCCCACCUUCAUAGUCUUCUUUUCCCUUUUUAAAAUUCUUAAACCAAAUAUUCAAAACCCAAAACCGAAACACCCCAUUCUUUAAUCAUCUGCAAAUCUCAUGGUGCAAUCUGAAUCAGAUUCAAAAGUCAAUUUAAUCAAACAGAUAUGUGACAUAUCAAACCAUGCGAAUUCAUGUGUCCAUCAUGACACUUUCGACUCAGGCCCUUUCAUUGAUUGGUAUAUUCUUCUUCAACUUGAGGAUAAUGUGAAUCUUGAUACAAUCAGAAAAAGGUAUCAUAAAUAUGCCUUACUACUCCAUCCUGAUAAGAACAAACAUCCCAAGGCUGAGUUCGCUUUUAAGCUCGUAUCGGAGGCAUAUGCAUGUCUCUCAGAUGAAGCAAAACGAUUAGACUUUGAUGUCAAAAGAUGGAAAAAUCUCUGCAGGGAGUGCAUCAAAACACCACAAUCUAGAACCAAAGUGAAAGGGCCAUCAUCUCCUUCAGAUAGAUCAAGAUCUAAGAAGAUAUCCACAAGAAUGAAAGAAGUUAAAGCUAGAUUUAUGGAAGAAGCAAGAGUGAUAGAAAAGUGUUUGAAAGUAAAUGCAAAUGUUGAUCUUUUUGAUAAAGAGAUACCGGUUUUUAAUCCAAAUAAUUAUGUAAAUCAAGGGUAUCCUCACUUUCGAGUUGGGAGGCGCAACGAGCUCAAGAACUCUAAGUUGUUGAAGAAAGGAUUCAAAUUUGAUAACCAGGAGCAACGUGCGAAAGUGAAAUGUGAUUCUCCAAUAUUUCAAUGUAAACCAAAUAGGUCAUCAGUCAAACUUCAAUCAUAGUUAGCAAACUCUCUCUUAACCUAGUCAUUGCUUUAAAUUUUCUGCUAAUUAAGUUGAAGUGUACAAAGUUCUUGAAAUUAAGUUAAUAUUCCAAAUUAACUGAAA